AUGUCUCAAGGUGGAAAACGACUAGUUGGCCAAGAUGAAAGCAAAAUACAUACUUCGUUGGAUAUAUAUCCCCAUAGCGAAAAUCAAGGAGAAAAUGUUCCAGCCUGGGUUUUGCGAUUCUAUGCCUAUUUCCAGGAAGCAGUGCAUGAGCGCAGAGAAGAAAAGUAUCGCAUUCGUCGAGUAAAUAUCUAUUUUUAUCUCGAGGAUGAUUCUGUGCAUGUUAGUGAGCCAAAAACAGUCAAUAGCGGUAUUCCGCAAGGCACAUUAAUUCGCCGCCAUCGUAUUCCAAAACCAAACUCGAAAAUUGAUCAGCAUUACAUAGUGUCCGACUUUAAUAUUGGACAUUCAGUUACAUUUUACUCGCGCACAUUCAUGAUUGUCGGAUGCGAUGAAUUUACUCGUGAAUUUCUUUCGACGCACGAGCUAUUGGGCAGAAUGAAAGCCACUCGACCAUCCAUCCCCAACUUUUCCCUCAAAAAGUUUCUUGAAAACGACCGCCGUGUUCUUCGAUUCUACUGUGUCUGGGACGACACUAAUUCUGUCUUUGGAGACUUGCGUCAUAUGGUUGUGCAUUAUUUUCUUUCAGACGACACGAUUGAAAUUCGUGAAUCUAUUCCAGCAAACUCUGGUCGUGAAUCCAAUGCUCUGUUUCUCCGUCGCUGCAAGCUACCCAAACGUCCUCACAUGAAAAAAGUCAAUGCCGACUCGGGUGUAGAAAACAGCAAUGAUUACUUUACCGAACGGGACUUUAUGAUUGGUGGAGUGUUACAUUUAUAUGGCCGUCCGUUUGUGAUUUGUGAUUGUGAUGAGUUUACCAAAUCAUUUUAUCGAGAAAACUACGGAGUGAGUGAGUUUGAUCCUGUAAAGAUUGAUCUGUAUGACGAAGAUGCUGGCGUGCUGCCCUUUUUUGAUGCUCAUACAGCAGCUUUGCGUGCUGAAAACAGCAAUGGAUCGACUGCAGAGCCAAACGUAACAUUAAUUGGUAAUGAACCGUCACAUAAAAAGGAUUUUAAAAAGCUCAUUCUGUAUGAUGGUGUUAAGCUGCGAUAUCUUGCCUGCCUCAAAUCAAACAAACAAGUAGAUCGCGAUCGCAAAUUCGUCAUUACAUACCAUUUAGCUGAUGACACCAUUAGUGUGUUUGAGCCCUGUUCUCGCAAUAGCGGCAUCAUUGGCGGCAAGUUUCUUGAACAACGUCGAAUUAAAAAACCUGUCACGUCCAAAUUUUACGAAUCAAGUGAUUUCAGUAUUGGUGCGGAUCUUAUAUUUUACAAUCAUCAUUUUGUUGUCAUUGGAGCAGAUGAUUAUGCCAUCAAGUUUAUGGACGUCAAUCCAGAGCUGUUUCCAGCCCACAAGGCGAAACUCACGUAA